AUGGGCCCUACAGCGCAGAUUAUAGCCGUUUUUGGCAUCGUGAAGUGCGUGCAACUUGCAAUUCUACACUUACUGCCGACCCUGUUCGAUGUCUCCUCUUCGUUGCUUCUAGAAGACUACUCUUUUGAGAAACAGAUCUUAUGUCAACUUUCCACCAGUUCGGAGUUCAUCGAUUCGGAAUUAUCAAAAGUCUGUCUACUGUUGCUAAACAAUACUAUUGAUAAACUUGUUGUAUGGGACGCCGUUUACUUUGCCGAUCUUUUCGUCAAAGGACCCCAAUACGAGCACCAAUUCGUCUUCUGUCCAGUUUGGUGGAGACUUAUAAAAUCGUUUCCCGGGAUAAAAGGAGCUGUGUUUUAUCCUCGUCUUUUAAUGGCCACUUUUGUAGCUAACUUGGCCCAUUUGGCUGCGACGUUGGUGUUGUACAAACUAACAUUGGCUAUAUUCAAGAAUGCUCGCAUUUUUUCGCCAAAGAGAAUGGCAUUAUGCCUGCUGAUUUUGUAUGUGAUGACACCAGCUGCUGCUUUCAUGACAGCGCCUUAUUCGGAGCCAGUGGCCGCUUUUCUUUCGUUCUCUUGCCUCUACUUGAGACAACUAGGCUUGGACUCUAGUCCGUACGUGAUCUUAGACGCACGGCACAAAGAUGAAACGAAGUCUGUUGACGCACAAAGCAACGAAAAAUCUGGCAAUGAAACUACUCAUAACCGGGCACCAGACGCUUUCUAUGUGGGGUUAUACAUUUUGAGUGGCGCAUUUGCAGCCGUUGCAUACGGCUUCCGUGCCAAUUGUCUAUUGUUGGGAAUACUCUAUGUUUAUGACUUGUUCACAGUGAAACCUUUCCCGUCUCCUAGCCCACUUAUUGCAGGACUGCUUCUAGGAUUAAGUUUUGUCAUUACACAGUACUCUAAUUAUGCCUCGAUAUGUGUCGGCUCUGAACGCGGAGAAUGGUGCAAUUCUAAGCUUCCGCUGCUAUUCACGUACGCACAAGGCCACUAUUGGAACAAUGGAUUCUUGAAGUAUUGGACUCCCAACAACAUUCCCAACUUCAUUUUCGGCGCCCCCACUAUAAUUCUCUCGCUUCUUAGCGUCAGGUAUUUCCGAGAAGUCUAUCCAGUUGCACGCAUAUUUCCAAUUAUUUGUGUGAACACUAUUUUUACAGUCCUUUUACUCUUGUUGUGGCAUGUGCAGAUCGUCACUCGGAUUCACCUGUUUUUGCCUAUAGUCUACUGGUUUGUGGCGGGACUUUUGACACAACCUAAUUUUAAGCACAGAAGAUGGGGCCAAGUUUGCAUGGGCUAUUUUGUAAUUUGGAGUGUGCUUCAAGUAUCCUUAUUCGGUGCGUUUCUACCUCCUGCAUAG